UGGAAGCAUAGACUGGAAGCUGUGAAGACUACUAACACCACAGAAGAAGAAACUAGGACGCCAUAUUGGAUAUGUAAUUUGGUUUUGUCCCUUGAGUGUUCAAGUUGUUGACAUACCUCGAAGGAGGAGCGACCGCCCUAAACCCUGGGGCGUCUGUCUCUGUUCGGGAUUGAGGUUCCUGUCUCUGCUCGUGGUGCCUGUUCUGCCCGCUGACACCCAGGCUCGGGUGGUAUGGUCCUCCGGCCCACAUGAGUUCUACUAUGUGGUACAUAAUGCAGAGCAUUCAGAGUAAAUACUCGCUGUCUGAGCGGCUGAUUCGCACCAUCGCCUUCAUCCGCUCUUUCCCGCACGACAAUGUGGAGGAUCUCAUACGCAGGGGCGCGGAUGUUAACCGGAUGCACGGCACGCUGAAGCCGCUGCACUGCGCCUGCAUGGUGGCCGAUGUGGACUGUGUGGAGCUGCUGCUGGAGAAGGGGGCAGAGGUGAACGCGGUGGACGGCUACAACCGCACGGCGCUGCACUACGCGGCCGAGAAGGACGAGAGCUGCGUGGAGCUCCUGCUGGAGUACGGGGCGCUCCCGGACGCCCUGGACGGGAACAAGGACACGCCGCUGCACUGGGCCGCCUUCAAGGACAACCCCGAGUGCGCGCGCGCCCUGCUAGAGGGCGGGGCCCGGCCCGACGCCCGCGACUACAACAGCGACACGCCGCUGAGCUGGGCGGCCAUGAAGGGCAACCUGGAGAGCGUGCGCGUGCUGCUGGAGUUCGGCGCGCAGGCGCACGUGACCAACCUGAAGGGGCAGACGCCCGUGUCGCGGCUGGCCGCGCUGCUGGGGCGGGGCCUGGGCGGCGAGCGCGAGGAGGAGUGCCUGCGGCUGCUGUGCCGGGCGGCGGGGAGGCCCGCCCCCCCGGAGCUGGCCCGGGACCCCCAGCUGCUGGCCCGCCUGGGCGCCGAGGCCACGCGCCCCCCCUCGCUGCGCUCGCUGGCCCGCCGCGCCGUCCGGGGGGGCCUGGGCGCCCGCUUCCUGCCCGACGCCGUCAAGGAGCUGCCCCUGCCCGAAUCGGUGCAGGAGUACGUCCUGCUGAGGCACUGAGGGGCAGGGGGGAGGGGAGAACCACUUGGGGGGGGUUCAGGAGAUGGAGGGAUGAGGACAGGGAGAUGACGGGAAAUUGUUGAGUCAUGUAUGGGACAGAUCUGGGUCAAAUACAGGAGUACGUAAAUAUUUCAGUUUAAAAUGCAAUUAUUUAUGUUAUACUGACUUAUGCCAACCUAAAUUAGUGCUUUAUUUUAAGAUGCAUCCUUAAAAUACUGUAAAUACUGGUGUACUUUUCAUAUGUAUUUAAUACCCUGUAACGCUGGGCCUUUGGGAGUGAUGGAAGCCUUAAGUGAAAGUUCACACAGAAAUGAAAGAAAAUAAAUCAUUAUACGAGACUUGAGAUGAGACCUGUUCUCCUUUAACAGUCUGAUUUUAAUGACUGAUUUUGAUGACUGAUUUUGAUUGAAUGACUGGAUAUCAUUUUUUUGUCAAUUUGGAUUUAUCCGGAAAAAUGUGAACAUAAAUUUUAUUCCUGUUGAGUUAUACAAAUAUGGCCAUAGGUUCAGAAUUGUCUACCAGUGCUGUAAUUAAACCAUUAAGUAAGAUCAAUUAUUACUUCAAAUCAAAUAAAUUGUAAUUUUAAUUGUAAAUACCACAUUUCAAAUAUUUAGAAUGCAUUCCCUUUCAAUUAUGUUCAACAUUUUGAUCUGGGCUUUUUUAAAUGGGCUUCCAAAUACGUAAUCGAAAGUACCAUUUGUUAAAGAAUUAAUUAUUAAAUAUUUUAUGAAAAAAAUAGUUGACAGCAAUUGAAAUAUUUAAUGUACGCAUUUGACCCAGUUCUGUUAUGGGAGAUCGGGGUGUGUGCGUGGGCAUGUGUGCGCACACUCUUCAAAUUGUGGUCCUCUCCCCUCUCCCCAUCUUGGCUAGCUCCAGCUCGGUGUGCUGUGGGGAGCUGAUUGAUUUCGUCGGUGUGUAAGUGUAAAGCAGCAGCUGUGGGAGCACAGGCCACACAGCACAGUCUGCCGCGCGCCUCAGGAGGCGCCAUUUAUCCACCAGCACAGGCCGGAAAGACAAACUGUGCUUCUGCGGCAGGAGGAACAAAAGCUUCUUUUCAUGUGUAAAGUAAUGAGUGAUUAAAAUGUAAUCGAAGGGCAAUGAGGCGUGCUUGCGUCGUGUGUGUUUUUGGCUGGAAAAGGGGUGCGUUUCCCAAUGGCAAGUUUGGAGAGAGGACGAUCGGGGCACAUGUACGGGGCAAACGGGCUUAUCGCUUAAAAAGGAUUUUAUCGUUUGAAAGGUAAAAAUUGUGUUUUGUUUUAAAGAACAUGUAUGUGUCAGUAUGAGUUGAUCUUUGUGCAUUUUUGAGCUCCGUGCCACACAGUGUGUUUAUACUGUGAGACUGUGUGGAAACACAAAUAGAAAAAAGCUGGCUGAAUCCUUCUGGCUGAAAAGGAGUGAAGCACACAUGGAGGGAGGACUAAUAUCUACAAGCCGCUGCAAAUCGCCCUUUUCAAAAGGCCCUUUUUGUCUGUGGCAUUUCUGAAAUAUUUUGCAUGUUAUGCAGAAAAUAUGACUAGUGACCGUCAGAUGGAUGGUAUGACUCAACUUGGUCAUGUAUUUGUAAAAAAGAAUUUAAAUUUAGCAUCCUUCUUUAGUUUAUCCCGAAGACAAUUUGGCACUUUUUUUGUGAAUAUCCUUAAGUGUGCUGGUAUUGUUUAUCCUUAACAGUAUCUUUUUUGGGGUGGGGUGGGGGUUGUGAUUGUACCGAUAAUGGAUCCACCUCUCGAAAGAUCACUUGGCCUACUGUGCUUGUCACAAGUGCUUUUACCCCCUCAUAACUCUUGACUUCCUAAAAACAGUAAAGUGAAUUUUUCCUCCCAUGCUCUUA